CCUGUCUCUUUAUGCUUCUUCUUCGCCGGUUAUUGCUGCUACUAACACUUCUCCAUUUCUGCUUCUGGAUUCUUUCAGGAUUAUUGAUAUAAACCAAGGUUUUUGUUUAAGUUUAUCAGCAUAAACUGGUUAAUUUGAAGAAUGGGGAUUGAGACGGUUAAAGGGUCAUCGUGGUUCGGUAGUAUUUGGAGGUCAUCUUCGCGUAAAACCACAGUUUUGGAGCCUGAAAACCCCGUUAUUGGGAUUAUGUCGUUCGAAGUCUCUAGGUUGAUGACAAAGUUAGUUAAUUUAUGGCAGUUUCUAAGCGAUAAACAGAUGUCACGAUUAAGAGAAGAACUAGCUAACUCACUUGGCACUCGAAAGCUUGUUUCAGAUGAUUUUGAUGAUCUCAUGGAUCUUGCGUUAAUUGAGAUCGUUGAUAACAUCAAGUCUGUGGCACGAGAAGUGGCUAGGCUCGGGAAAAGGUGCAUAGAUCCCGUAUAUAAUAAUCUUGACCACAUUUUCGACAAUCUAGAAAUUGAUCUUAACUGGUGUGGAUGGGAGUAUAGAUUGAAGAAGAUGGAGAAAAGGGUUAAAAAGAUGAAAAGAUUUGCUGCAGUUACUUCACAGUUGUAUGAAGAACUGGAGAUAUUAUCUGAGCUUGAGAAUGGUUUAAGUCGAAUUCAAGAAAAUAAUGUGAAUCAAGAGAAAUUGCAAGAGUUUCAGAAGAAAGUUAUGUGGCAACGAGAAGAGGUUGACGGUCUGCGUGAGAUGUCUGUUUGGGUCAGAACUUAUGACUACAUUAUUAGACUACUGCUUAGAUCGCUUUUCACAAUAGUCGAGCGAGUGAAGGUUGUUUUUGGAAUAACAAACCAAAUGGGAUCUCCUGGUGUAAGUAAUGUCCCGGAUGGUAGCUGUUUUUUGCGCAGUAAUUCUGUUUCUGCCCUUGUACGAGCUUCAGUCCAUCCCUCUGAAUGUUCUAUUCAGAGGUCGGUUUCGAAUCUUGGCGAUAAAAUCACGAAGAAACCACAAAUUCGAAACUACCCACCAUUGAAAGCAAGAAGCUUUUCUCAUAUUGGACCUCUGAAAAGCUGUAUGAUGUCUGAACUCGAUUCUCCCGUCUACUUUUUACAGCAAAAAGCUAUCUUUUUGAAGAAAAGAUUGUUGAAUGUUGAAAAACCGACACUUGGGGAUGCUGCUUUAGCGCUCCAUUACGCAAAUGUGAUCAUAUUUAUCGAAAGAUUAGCUAUUUCGCCUCACUUCAUUAAUCCAGAAGCAAGAGAAGAUCUGUAUCAUAUGUUAACCACAAGAAUCAAGAACUCACUUAGAUCAAAACUGAGCCUUUUCCCAAAACCCGAUGCUUUUAAUUGCGAUCUUGCAUCCGAUUGGAGUUCAUCAGUGCAAAAGAUACUCGAUUGGUUGGCGCCAUUGGCCCAUAACACGAUAAAAUGGCAUUCUGAGAGAAAUUUCGAGAAGCAACGGAUGGAUUGUGGAGGAAAUGUGCUUCUGGUGAAUACUUUACAGUAUGCAGAUCAAGAAAAGAGUGAAGAUGCGAUCACGGAGGUGGUUAUGGGUCUUCAUUAUAUUUCGAGAUUUGGUCGAGAAAUUAACGAUAAAGCUUUCAUGGGGUCGGGUUGUGGCAAGGAUUGUGACGAUUAUUUGGUCCAUAAGAGUAAGAUAGCUUCGAUCUCGUUAUAAAGGGUUUGUUUGGUUGUUUUUCCAUUCUAUUUAGAUGGAUAACAUAGAUUUUAUUUCAAGAUGCAUAAAUGGAUAACGACAGGUCUCGUGUAUAUGUUCAGCGUAAACCACGUUGCAAGAUGGUUGUGGUUCGUUUAAAACAUCAACGUUGUCAUGGCACAUUCGAUCGUCCGUAUAUUAAUUUUUACUGUAAUUGUUAAAGCUGACG